ACAUCAGUCGAGUGUCCGUCUCUCUGACGGAAACGGAACAAUAAACUCAGACAUAACCUUAAUAUUUCGGCAAAACAUUUUAAAUUAUUGUUUUAGCUACGCUAUGUAUCUCAACCAAAAGGCAAUUGUUCAUACUUACUAAAAAAAACUUAAUUAGUAAAUGAUGGAUUAACAUUAAAAACACUAUGGAAGAACAUAAGAAACUGAAAACAUCAUUAGAAAUUGUAUCAAUAUCAGUGCCACCACCCUUACAAGUCGUUGUUAGAGUGCUGAAAUGUUUGAAAACUGUGAUUCACUAAUCUAGCUGCUAAAGAAAUGAGGAUUCGAAAAUUAACAAUCACUUUUAGAUGAAAACUCCGACGACUUCCUUCAUAAGUCAAACGAGUCAAAAGUUCCAUUUCAAUGUGUUGGAGUUGACGAUUAUUAUCGUGGCAUUUCUUGUGUUCUUCAUAGCUGUACUUAUCAUUUACAAAGUGGUAUUCGUACCACCAGCGGUAGUUCGACCAAAUGCCACAAACGAAUAAAUCAGGGGACCAUGAAGCUUUAUAGGAGCACAAGAUUUUUCUGUGAAGAGACAUUUCAGCAGCGCCUACACACAACAACCCUGUGAAUGGAGGACAGAAGCGGUCACCGUCGUGUGAACUUGCUAGCGCGACUUGUGAAGGAGUUCAGGGACCCUACGACCCUACACCGCGUCGCAGUGGCUCGCACGUCGCCCCUGCCCGUGGCCUCACACUCCGGCGUGGACCCACCGGGAUGGUCUACAUUCAGCAACUUUAGUGAAAGAGAUAACGAAACUCCUUAUGCUGUCCCAGUGGUUAAUAAUAUGCGCAACAGACUAAACAAUUUAUACCAAAGAUGGAGAGAACGAACACGGAAUCUUGUAAUCGAGUUUAUGAAACCAACAGACAGUGAGUUGAGCUACGCGCGCCGAGCUGAAGAGAGCCAGGGGACUCAGUACUCACAUGAUGCGCUUCUGCGUACCUCAGAAAUACGACGACGCUUCGAAAACGGAUUCAACAAAUUAUACAAUUGGGUUCUAAUUUUCGGACACCGUUGCUAUGAUUAUGUGGCACCAACAACAUCAUCUGUUAAUGUGUCUCCGCCCCUGGCUAUCACCCAUCAGCCCUUGUGUCCCAAGCCAGAAUUGGUAAAGAUAGCAAAGAGAAAAUCCCACACACAUUUCACUCUAGCGAAACCUGAAUCCAUUUAUGAAGUCCAGAACAUCUGCAAUGUUACAGAACCAAAAUUUUACCCGAAACCAUUUAUAUCAGAAGAGCCAAGUUUAUCAAGUACGACAUCAAUGAAUACGGAUUUAAACAUUCUGGUGCCGACAACUAUACUUUCCAUACUCCUACUUAUUUCCAUUAUUCAACUUUACAAAUGCUUAAAGCAGUAUUUCAACAGAUCUAGAUAUUAGUAGUUACCAACAGAGCUAUCAAUAAUUCCAAGCAUAAUGGCUUACCCAACUCAGCCUCCAUCCACGACACCCCCUAUGACUCCUAUGUCAGCUCCCGUCACCAGAUCCUACGCAUCGCCCAGCCGAUCCCCUCCGCACGCCGGCUCCCGACGAGCUACUUCCAUGUUCUACACUCCUCGCCCCAACCCCAAAGGAGUAGUGAAAGUGUACCCUAAAAAGAGCAGACUUUCAUCACAGCCUCAAAGAUCUAUGUCAGGAGUCACGCCCCAGAUGUCACAGCUCGUUAAUGAAAGGCGCAUGUUCCUGUCGCCAUCUGUCAGGCGGAAGCCGUCAGCCUUCGCGUCCAAGUCUACCCUGCAAUCCACCCUCACGCCGCGGCCACAGCCUCACAUGUUGCGCACCUCGAGAUCCCCCUAUGGCUCACAAAGCUGCUUGCCUACUCCAGGGUUCGAUAUCCAAGACACUUCACCACAAAUCUUACCCUCACCAUCAUCUAUUUAUUAUCCUUCCCCGUUACUUAACCAAUCACACUCGAAGCGAUCUCCUCUCCAGACAAAACCAACUCCUAGAAUGACGGUGCCCGCACCCAUUCCAAGCGUAUCUACCAACUCCGACUAUUCCUAUCAACAGUUUUACCCAGAAAGGCCUUCGAGUUCAAUGCGACGGCCACUGUCUGUAUCUGUUGAAUCCUCGAUUGCUGAAUCUUCUUUCGAUACUGAUAGUUUUAGUUCGAAGCGUUCAUCUUCGCUUCGGUCUGCAUCUCUGGACUCACCGCCUUAUCCAUUUGAGCAGCUGAUGGCGAUACCGGAGGAGUCGGCUGGCUCGUCGGUGAUGAGUGGGGUGCCGGUGCGGGGCUCGCGUUCCGACCCCACCCCGCUUCCCCGCGCCCGGCUGUCCCCCGCCCCCGCCCCGCCGCCGCCGCACGCACCCCCCGGACCGUCUACCCCUAGUCGCCUCUCUCGACCAUCCGUCGCCGAUUUACCCUCUUUGCUAAUAUCUGCGUUGCCAAACUUAAGCAUGCUAGAGGUGGCAAUAAGACAAAUUAAAAACGAAUUACUAUCUCAGAAUGCAGCCUCUGUACCGUCGACUGUUGGGUUAAUAUUUGUUAUAGUGACUCUUUUCUACUUUUACACAAAUAUGAGUCAAGUUGGGUUCGAAUGAAGGUCCGUCUAUAAAUUUUCUUUCCGUAUUAAACUUGAUCCUACUCUCUAGAGCACAGGUAUACGUAAAGAACUCAUUGGCAUAGAUGGUGAUAAGAUAAAUGAUAACUGUGAAUACCUUUAUACCUCUAUAUCUUGGCAGUGCAACAAUCACGAAUACAUAAAUUGUAACAUUCAAUAUAUUUAUAAAUAAACA